GCGGCGUCUCUCAGGAUGAAGGCCUCUCGGAGCAUCCUCCUCCUCCCGCUGCUCUUCGCCCUGGCCUUGGCCCAGUGCCCAGCACCUGCUGAGCUGAAGGAUUCCAACGGCACCAAGAUCUGCGCCCUCCUGUACACGGACGACAGCCCCUACUACGACCAGUGCUGCAGGGGGAGCGUAUUGCAGGUGCUGCCCAAUGAAGACCAGCCCUACAUCCCGUCAGCUUUCAACAACAAGAUCUCCUCCUUGGUAGUGGCCACUCGCUGCGAGCUCACCGUCUGGUCCGGCAAGGGCAAAGGUGGCAAAACAAAGAAGUUUAAGGCUGCGGCAUUCCCUCGGCUGCAAGAGUACAGAAAAGGGAUUUUCGGAGACUGGGACAAUGCCAUCUCGGCCUACUACUGCAAGUGCUCUUGAGGCUGCCUGCCCAAGAAAGACCAAGGAGGGGCUGGCCACCUGCCGCUCCUCAGACCCUGCCCUUGUGACCUCGCUCCCAGCAUCUCACUGCCUGUCUUGGUUAAGGAUGUCCUGUCCUAAAAACUCCUAACCCCCAAAGCCCCUCUUUUGGCACGGAGUCUUCCGGGAUACCUCUUUCACAGCACCCUUCACCCACACAACUGCUGGCAAGCUCUGUUCAAAUGGGAGACCUCGUUGCAGAAAUGGAACACCGGGGGGGGGGCCUAAAUUCAUCUGGUGGUGGCAGCAGAGUCUUCUGAAGUGCCCGCAAACUGUGGGGCAUGCCGCUGCAGCAGAGAAGCAAGACCCGAGGAGCAUCUUCCAGCCCCCCCCCCCCCCGCCACCAGUGGCAAGAAGGGAGUUCCCAGCACUUUGAAGCUCUGGGCCUGAAAGUUUUGUUCUGAAUGCAGCCAUGUGACAUUUCAAGAUCUCAAGUGUUUUGUUCAUUCUCAGCGAUUUCCAGACAGACAUUCCAUCUUCAAAGCCGUUCUCUCCCCCUCUGAUCCCACCUAUGCCUGUGCCUUUUCCUCAAUAAACGUAAUUAAAAGUGAAGGAACAAA